AUUGUGAGAACGAUAAACGGAGGCGAGGUAUGACACCCAAAAACAUGGCGUGGAGUCCGGAUGGCUGCGUCGUAGAUCAUCGAGAAGGCGUUUAUUAUAUCGCGAAUUGGAUUUCCUCUUGGUCCGCAGUGGUGCCUGUGGACUUGAUAGCAUAUUUGCUGAUGUUUUUCUCUAUACAAGUUAAGUAUGCAGACCAAAGAAUCAAGGAGACAUGUAUUAUGUUGAGAUCACUCCUGUGAUAUGUCUGCCAUUUCGACCUAUCUCAGAAUGAUACGUAGAUUAAGCCCGUGCUUGAGAAGUAUCGGCGGAUUCCGGCGACGUUUCAGUCGAAACCCUCACAC